GUAAGCUUCUCGCGGGACACCAGAAGCAAAGGGCCCAAAACCGUGGAGAACGGAAAAGCACUCUCGUUUGCGAUCUGAGAGCGGCGACUUCCGGCGAUCCUCGGAGCGGCGGAGAAGAGAAGAGAAGAGAGAGAUCGUUUGCGACUCUUGAAGGGAUAAUAAUACACAGAAUGGCUGGAAGAGCUCAGAUCCCCACUAACAACUCAGCCCUUAUUGCCAUGAUUGCUGAUGAGGAUACUGUGACUGGAUUUUUGUUGGCUGGAGUUGGUAAUGUUGAUCUGAGGAGAAAGACAAACUACCUUAUUGUGGACUCAAAAACAACGGUAAAAAGCAUCGAGGAUGCAUUCAAAGAGUUCACAUCAAAGGAAGAUAUUGCAAUUGUGCUGAUAAGCCAAUAUGUUGCAAAUAUGAUCAGAUUUUUAGUUGAUAGCUACAACAAACCAGUUCCAGCCAUAUUGGAGAUCCCAUCCAAGGAUCAUCCUUACGAUCCCGCGCACGACUCUGUGCUCUCUCGAGUCAGAUACCUAUUUUCCGCAGAAUCAGUGGCAUCGGGAAGGCGUUGAAUGGCUGGAUAAACUCCCCUGUGUUUAUCGAUCUCGUAUUUUUCUUGUGUGCCAGCAGUAUAAUCAACACUUAUAAUUCACAAAACAAAAUAAGUGCCCACAUGUGUCUCUUGUAUGGAUGAGCUAUGUUUUUUCACAAGUGUAAACUGUCUUCUCUUUUUAUCUAUCUCAUUUUAUUUGUUAA